GGAAAAUCCCAAACUACAAGUCCGUCGCGGAAUUAGGUAACUUGUUGUUGGUACUAAUAGCUUAAUAAGUCUUCAAUGCUGGCCAAAUCAAAGAGUCCAAAUAAUAUUUUAUGUUUUCUUUCUCAUUCAUUGAUUUAAUUAUCACUACAAAGAAACAACAUCGUACUGAUGAAUCGGAUGAUCAGAUACGUUUAACCACGAAAUUUGCCAUAUUUAGCCAUUCCUGAAAUUCUCAGAAGCUUCACACUGCACCGUGGGAAUUGGGAACUAUCCAACCACCUCUGUCCGAAGCAGCUGAACAAAACUAGUAUAAUUAUUUCUCUGUUCUAAGAAAGUAGUCCACUUUGAUAUAUUGUUUUAGUUCGAUAAAAGUGGACCAUUUCUUGUUUUUGGACGCAGGGAUUAGUAAUUGUGAAAAUAAGUAAGCUUGAGGAUUCACAAAUUUCUUCCAUGAAGAUCAUUCUUCUUUUACUGGUGAUUCUCCCAUCUGAUUUUAUGAUCACAGCUGCACAGAGUUGGAUGAGAUCAGGUUAUUGGUUCUCCGGGACUAAGUUUCCGAUUUCCGACAUAAAUUCUGGCCUCUUCACUCACUUAAUCUGUGCUUUUGGAGACAUCAAUUCAAUCACAUAUGACCUUAACCUCUCUUCAUCAGAUCAAAAGGAUUUCUCAGUCUUCAGCACCACUGUGAAACAAAAGAACCCAUCAGUCAUAACGCUUUUGUCCAUUGGAGGAGGAACAAGCAACUACACAGUCUACUCAACCAUGGUUAGUCAACCUUCUUACAGGAAAUCCUUCAUUGACUCCUCUGUAAAUCUAGCUCGAUCAUACGGGUUUGACGGCUUAGAUUUCAGCUGGCCUUCAGCGAGUUCAGCUGCAGAUGCAACUAACAUUGGAUUACUAUUUGAUGAAUGGAAAUCUGCUAUUGAAUCGGAAUCACAGAACAAAAAUAACUCACAGCUUUUCUUGACAAUGGCUGCUCCUUACUCGCAAUAUAUUCUUAAUGCUACUCUGCCAGUUGACUCAAUUAGGAAGAAUUUGGAUUGGGUUCAUGUUUCUGCCUACGAUUACCAUACGCCUAGUUCAAAUCCAGACCAGACAGGUUCUCCUGCUGCAUUAUAUGAUCCAGAAAGCAACCAAAACACCGAUUUCGGUAUAACUUCAUGGAUUAGUGGAGGGCUCCCGCCAGAGAAGAUUGUUUUGGGACUGCCUUUCUAUGGCUACGCAUGGACACUGAAGGACCCCAAAAACAAUGGAAUUGGUGCCCCUGCUAAUGGAUCAGCUUUUACUCCAGAUGGGGACAUGACCUACAAGGCAAUCAAGGAUUACAUUCGACGGUACAAUGCAGUUUCAUCAUACAAUUCCACUUAUGUCAUGAGCUACUGUAGUGUUCAGUCGACUUGGAUUGGCUUUGAUGCUGUUCAGGUUAUCAAAGCUAAAGUCUCAUAUGCAAAACAGAAGAAUCUCCUUGGAUAUGUGGUUUGGCAAGUUCCAAAUGAUGACAAUUGGGAGCUUUCUCAAGCUGCUGCUGAACAAGAUGAGAAGAGGCAAAAAGGAAAAAAGCAUAUACUUCUGAAAGUUCUGCUUCCAGUAGUGUCGGGGACAACAACCAUCGUGUUAGUCUAUACCUUAUGGCGCAUGAAAAGAAGACUGUUUACACAGCCAGGAUUGAAAGAAGAAAACCAAGUAGAGAGAAGGCCUCUGGCGUAUUUAAAUGCCAUUGAGAGCAAUGAUUCUCAUUUCCUCCAAGUUUUCAGCUUUGAUGAGAUUAGGGCAGCCACGAAUGAGUUUUCAGAAGAAAAUAAGCUUGGAGAAGGAGGAUACGGGCCUGUUUACAAGGGCAAACUUCAAAAUGGCCAAGAAGUUGCAGUUAAAAGGCUUUCUGAAACUUCUAAACAAGGAAGGGAAGAAUUCAAAACUGAAGUGUUACUGACUGCAAGAUUACAACACAUAAAUCUGUUGAGAGUCUUGGGUUAUUGCACAGAAAUGGAAGAGAAAAUCUUGAUCUAUGAGUACAUGCCUAACAAGAGCUUGGAUUUCUACAUUUAUGAUCCAGUCAACAGGUUGUCCCUGGACUGGGAAAAACGUGUUCAAAUCAUUACGGGAGUGACUCAAGGGCUCUUGUAUCUACAAGAGUAUUCCAGAAUAACAGUAAUUCAUAGAGACCUAAAAGCGAGCAAUAUUUUACUGGACCAUCAGAUGAAACCCAAGAUAGCAGACUUCGGAAUAGCAAAAAUAUUCCAGAAGGAUAUACUUGAAGCAAACACAGACCGAGUGGUUGGAACCUAUGGUUAUAUUCCACCUGAAUACAUACGAGGAGGGAUCUACUCCACCAAAUCAGAUGUUUUCAGCUUUGGGGUACUGCUACUUCAAAUCAUUAGCGGGAAGAAAAGCUCAUGUUAUUAUGGCCAAGAUUCAAACUUAAACCUUCUACAAUAUGCAUACGAGCUAUGGCGAAAUGACAAAGGACAGGAAUUUCUGGAUGAAACACUGAAUGAUGCAAAUUCGUCGUUCAAAUUAAUGACAUGCCUUCACAUUGCACUUCAGUGUGUUCAAGAAGAUCCCAAAGAUAGACCUACCAUGCUGGAAAUUUCUUAUAUGCUUAGGAACGAAACAACGGCAAUGAAGCAACCAAAAAGACCUGCAUUCUCCAUUACAAAAGAUGGAGACACAGAGAAAUCAUCUGCAUCAUCUGGAACAGGACUAGUUGAUACAGCAACAAUAACAACACUAGUUCCCCGAUGAGGCCGUUAUCUCAUCACAGAUUUACCAUAUGUCAGUCACAGAAAUGAAUGCCAAAUUCCAUAGUUUAUUCAUCAAUUUUCACGUAUGUAACAUUUCAUCAAUCAAAAGUCAUAAAAUUGAACAUCCACAUAAUCCAGGAAGUAAAAAAGAAUUACCUCUCGAUUUGAGAGAUUACAACCCAAUUUUUUUUGGGGGGAAUCGGAUUCCAGCGCCUAAUCUUUAAUGUCAUUAUCUCCAAUUGUUGCUCGCUCAGAAUCACAACACGGUCGAUGAUCAUCAACUGAUGAAUCUAGCCUGGUCUCCAAUCAAAGUCCAAUUUCCCAGGGUUCAAUCAAGUUUUAGUUCCCUUGUGGGCUUGAAUUCCAACACCAUUGUUACAUUCUGGCUCCGGCAUCAAAUAAAUCCAACAAUUUUAUUUCAGUAAAGAUUCAAACCAUGCCAAAAUAAAUUACUACUGAUACAAGGAAAUUGGGAAUGAUAAAAAUGCGGAAAGAAGCUGGAAUACAAGGAAAUUGGGAAUGAUAAAAGUGGGGAAUGAAACUGGAAUA